CACCCAGACGCCGAGCUGCAAAGAGACAAAAGCAGAAGAUAAGUUCCCACAGAAUGGAAAAUUUUAACAAAGAGUACCGUGCGAAUAGUUCAGUGUAAAAUGUUGCUUAAACUUUUCAGGAAUCGACCAGCCGAUUUCUUCUUUUCACCAAGGAAAAACGACCGCAAGUACGUUCUUCCCCAGUUCACAACCCAGGCUUGAUGUUUUCUCUGAAAAGUAGAGGGAGUGACAUAGCACAUGGGGCUGGGAAAACUGUAGAGGAAUGUGUGAUUGGCGGAGCUGUUUGUUAGGCAGAGUAUAUGAUGUCGCUGCAUGCUUCUCUGCCCCGCCCCUUAUUGUGAAGUCUGAGUCUCAGACAGUGUGUGUGUGUGUGUGUGCGUGUGUGUGAGAGAGAGUGAUAGAGGGAGAGAGAGACAGAUGCACAGCUACAGGGUGAUUUUUUUUUUUAGUCAGAGAAGCAGACUUUAAUUCAUCUGUCAGACAUGUUUAAGCUCUGAAUUGACCUCUGGGUGGAAUUGUACUUUUCUCUUCAUCAAAAAUGGAGACCAUCCUCGCCAAAGCACUCUAUGACAACACAGCUGAAAGCCCAGAUGAGCUGGCCUUCCACAAGGGUGAUGUUGUUGUGGUGAUAGAGCAAACUGUUGAGGGCAGUGUAGGCUGGUGGAAAUGCUCUCUGCAUGGCCAGAAAGGCCUGGCGCCGGCCAAUCGACUGCGGCUCCUCUCGCCAUCCGAGACUAUCUAUCAAAUCCCACGUCCAUCAUUAGAUGCAAACCCAACUUACGAGGCCAUGGGACAGGUCUACAGGGCGCCAUCCACACACAGUGUGCACAAUCCUGUCCUUUCCCCACGGAAAUCUGCAACGCUGGAGAGAACCCGCUCUCUAAACAAGAUGCUGAUUGCUCGUGAUCGCUCCAGUCCCAGUGCAGAUGUGUAUGCUGUUCCUAACCUUGGGAGAAAAGGCACUUUGUGCCUACCACUAUCAACACGGCCUACACCAGCUACUAACAUUCAGAAGACAUAUGAAAUCAUGGACAACAGCAUAUGGACACCAUGCAAAAAUAUUUAUGCUGUACCACCCACACCAUCCAAAGACCACAAUUAUGACAUUCCUGUUCCUUCCAAAAGUGAGCAACACCUAAAGUUGCUUUCCAAAUACAGCUCUUUGCCUAACCCACGGAAGUUUGAGCAGAUAUAUGAUGUGCCUGUAGCGCCUGAAAUACCUAUCAGUGAACGUGGUUUCUAUGGCACAAUCUCGUCCAAAGGUGCACAUUCUGGAAAAGAGCUCUAUGAUACGCCCCCAAAAUGUGUUCUUCCCGCAGCAGUCUCUGAUGGCUUGCUCUACGACUUCCCAAAAUGUAGUGAGAAAGCACAACAAAGGAUAGACUCCACCCCACCAGAGAAAGAAAGCAUCUAUGAUGUACCACCUAGCCUCAAGCAAAGAGAACCCAUUCUGAAUGGACUAACACUCCCAAAUCAGAAAGUUAUAAACCCAGGCGAUUCUGAAAAUGUUUCUAAACCUCUGGAAUACAGGUGCAAACCUGGACCAAGGCCUGAUCAUCCUCGAGGACGUUCAUUAUGGGGCAGAAAUAUUAUUUUGUCCAGAGAACUACAGGAGAGGGGGGCAAUAACCAUUGAAAACGAGGUGAAGAAUGGCAGAGGUGUGCCUUUUUCCAAGAACCAACGGAACUCCACAGUGUCCACCUCCUCCACCACCUCUAGCUCUUCCAGGAGCUCCUGUGACUCUCUGCUGCUGGCCUCCCCCUCACCAGAGCCACUGCGCGAGAUCACACUGUCCCCGGAGGAAACAGCCCAAAGGCUUUUGCAACUUCAGGAAACAGUUUGCCAGGCUGUGCCCAAACUCAUGAACUUCGUAAGUAGCCGCUGGAGAAGCCGUGAGCACCUGGACCAGCACCUCCAGGAGAUCCGUGCAGCCUCAGAGGAUGUGGCCAACUCAGUCACGUCCUUUCUCAACUUUGUUCUGGAUAUUCGAGGUAAUGCGCAGCGGCUCACUGACUCUAACCUGCAGGCCAGGCUCCAGAAGCAGCUCUCUAUCGUGGAGGACUCAGGACUGAUACUGCAGACAUCUGUGGAUGCUCUUGGUGGCUUGGGCUGGGCUCUGGAUGCCCUGGCUCAGGAUCUCGGGCAGCAGCAGUCUUCAGACCAGCUGGAGCGCUUUGUCAUGGUGGCCCGCACUUUGCCAGAAGACAUUAAACGGUUGGUGUCUAUUAUAAAUGCCAACAGCAAGCUUCUGUUCAGAAACUCCUCGAAAGAGCCAGAAAUGCCAAAGAACACCAGUCCACCACAUGUGAGAAAAAACCUUGACAAGAACGAACCACUGCUGGAUACAGAGGGGGAUGAUGAUUAUGUAAAACUUCAGGCCAAGACAGAAUUUGAAAAGCAACAGCAAAGUGAAGCAAAAAACAACAUAAAAUCGGACACAAAUGGAGGAAACGAGAGAGAACAGGCCUCCAAACCAGAGCCUACAUGCCCUGACAGCACAAGCCAACCGCCUAGACCCGUUAUUUCUGACCACUGCCGUCUGUAUUUUGGGGCCAUUAAGAAGGCCAUUGCUGUGUUUGUUAAUAGCCUGGAGGAGCAACAGCCCCCUGAGAAGUUCAUAUCCCACAGUAAGCUGGUUAUCAUGGCGGGCCAGAGGCUAAUAGACACACUUUUUUGUGAAGCCCAGAAGAUGCAGGACAGUCAUGAACUACUGUAUAAAAGCAACCACUUGUGUGCUCUCCUCAAGCAACUGGCAGUAGCCACCAAAAAAGCAGCGCUGCACUUUCCUGACAAAGUGGCAAUCCAGGAAGCAAAGGACUUUGCCAAAGAGCUGGCUCAGAGGGCACACCAUUUUCGCAUAUCUCUGGACAGCUAAGGGGUCUGUGGAAGGACAGCAGUGGUGCAUUCAGUCCGAUUCAUACCGGCAGUCUUCUCUUUUUUAGUGACAUCUGUUUUAUUCUGUCAGUUCUUCUAUAAGUGUGUCAGAAAAAAUAACAACGUGAGGCAACAAAAAGUAAAGCAUUUAGUGCAAUUAUGUGGCACGUUCAGCUAUGUAUAAUGCAUAUUUAUUAAAGCAACACUGGAAAAAGCAAUAAAAUACAAGACUAGGUGGAGAAAUCGUUAGACUAGCACUAGUCUCAAAUUAAGAUUAUAGCAUCUUUCACAAGCAGCGUACAAGUGUGCCAUUGCAUAAAUAAAUGUAUUGACUACAGUUGACUACAUCUUGAGAUAGUAGGGUUUAUUCUUUUCACUUAAGCAGAACGUGCGCGUUUUUUUGACAUCAGAUGUUGUAGCCGGAAUUUCAGUGAGAAUAAUAAGCAGUGCCCCUCAAAAUUAUGGUCAUCCUUCUCAAAACGAGCAAAAAUAAAGACUGUAGGGGAUACACAUUACACACAAUAAUUCUGCUUUUCCACGUAAACAAUAGGAGAAGCUGUUUAUCAUUGUCCAAACCAAAAUCACCCUCUGUAGAACUGUUUUCUUUAAAUAAUAGUAUUUACCCCGUCCUGAUUUCUUCUGUUUUUGGUGUCUAUCUCAUACUAAAUUAUUUCAGAAAUUAAAACAAAAUCUAAGAUAAAACAAAGGCAACCUGAGUAAACACAAACUGCAGUUUUUAAAUUAUAAUGUUUUUUUUUAUUGAAGCAAAAAACUUAUCCAUUACCAACUGGGCCUGUGUGAAAAUGUAUUUGCUCCCGUAGUUACUAAUUCCCCAAAUCUAUGAAACUGCAUUCAUAAUGGGGUUCAGCAACCAGGUCUGAUUACUGCAAACCAAUCAAAUCAACACUUAAAUGGAACUUUUUCAACAGCAUGAAGUUGGUUAAAAGUUCA